AUGUCUAAGUGGUGGAAUCGUUAUUUUGAUGAGACUCUUGUUAAAGACUGGUCCAUUUUUCGCUUUCAUAAAAGCUGGAUUGACUCUCACAGAGGGAAUGUUGAAAAGCUAACUUAUGGAAAGGCGACAGACGCACUUGUUAAAAGUCUCCAAGCGAUUGUUCAACGAAGCUCAGAUGGUUCAAAAAUAUGGAAAGCUAGCUCUCUUCUAGCCGAUCUUCGGGCAAGAACAAUUAUUCAGUUUAUAAAUGCAUCAUGCGGUAAUAUACAGAUUAGUAACGUUGGAAAUAAACGAACUCGUGAAAAAGAAAACGAGACAUCAUCAAAAAAACAUGUGGGUGAGCAUCAUGGAGAAAUGUCGUCAUUAGAGGAUUCAGUAGUUCAAGGACUUAUGAACAUUGGUGGGAUCGCUCGUUAUAAUAUUAUCUUUUUACCGGAAGAAGAUGAGUGUAAUCCGAUUAAAUCAAUAUUCACUAAAGAAAAAUGGAUAAAGCUUGAAGCGGAUUGGCAAAAGGCUGAGAAGAAGACAAUGUUACCUGCCGGUAGUGGAAUGAAUGAGAAUGUUAACAAGUUGCUAAAAAAGUACAAUGAUGGCAUCACUAAAGCAACAUACGGAUACAAUGUAAAUUUGAAUAAGGUUGCCGUUUUAUUUGAUGAAAUGUCUAUUGUCAAUCGUGAUGCAUAUAGUUUUACUGAAGAAUGGUCUAUGCGAUGGAUUAAAUUGGUUUAUAAUGCAUUUUUAUUGUGUUUUCAACUAUCUAUAAAUCCACUUCACGAUGGUGAAUUAUCUGAAUAUGCCUAUAAAGAUAGGAUUGUAAAUCGUAUCAUAGAGGAUGUUUUCCUAGACAUAAAUAAUGUUAUUCGUAUGAAAACGGGAGAAGUUGGAAACCAGAAUAGUAAAGUUCAGAAAGAUUCAGAAAGAUCAUUAGGGCAAUGGCGUUCUGUAGGAUGGGAACAUGAUGCUAUGUUAGUAAUCAAGGUAAACAGUGUUGAUUUUCAAGUAGGAUUCGGAGAAGUUGUGGGCAAUGCCUGUAUACGUGAUGAUAAAAAAAUGAUAGAAGAUCGGGAGAAAAUUUUAAAGUCGAUGCAAUUUGGAUUAUUCCGGUUACAUCAGUUAUUUAGACAAGGAGUUGAUGAAAAUGAUAUUAGUAAUGCUGAAACGUUUGGAAUUCUC